AUGUCUUGCAUAGGGAAGUGGUGCUACUUCAAACCGCUGUAGCUGUCACCCCAUGUCACUGUCAGGAUCGUUCCUAACCCCAGUUAAACAAGGUGAAAGCUGUGAUUAAAGAAGACUAAAAAGAGGAGGAGGAGGAAGAAGAGAAGGCGAUUCUGAAUCAUGGUCUCCAUGAGCUCUAUGCAGCACAUUCUGACCUACAUCCCCUACGCUCUGGUGCUGAUCGACCUCCGCUAUGAAGGAGUGAACUGUGACACGGACGGGAGUGUGGAGAGUCACCUUGCGAUGGGGAAGAAGCUCCUGGCGGCCGGACAGCUGGCUGAUGCUCUCUCACACUUCCACGCUGCUGUUGAUGGAGAUCCACAGAACUACAUGUCGUUCUACAGGAGAGCAACGGUGUACCUGGCCAUGGGCAAGUCCAAGUCCGCCCUGCCGGACCUCAGCCGGGUCAUCGAGCUGAAGCCCGACUUUACAUCGGCCAGGCUGCAGAGAGGGAACCUGCUGCUGAAACAGGGGAACCUGGACGAGGCCGAGAGCGACUUUAAGAGAGUGCUCAACUCCCACCCGACGGCCCAGGAGCAGACGGAGGCCCACGGCCAGCUGAUCAGAGCGGACGAGAUCCAGCGGCUCCUGGCCCAGGCCCAGGCCGCCUUCAGCGCCAAGGACUACCCGGGCGCCGCCGCCAUGCUGGACUCCAUCAUCGAGACCUGCGUGUGGGACGUGGGCUCCAGGGAGAUGCGGGCCGAGUGCUUCAUCCAGAUGGGGGAGAACGGGAAGGCCAUCAGCGACCUCAAGGCCACCUCUAAGCUGAGGAGUGACAACACCAAGGCCUUCCUGCAGCUCAGCAUCAUCUACUACCACCUGGGAGACCACGAGAUGUCCCUCACGGAGGUGAGGGAGUGCCUGAAGCUGGACCCCGACCACAAGCAGUGCUACGCCCACUACAAGAAGGUCAAGAAGCUCAACAAGCAGAUCAUGUCUGCAGAGUCGCUCAUCCAGGACGAGAGGUACGAAGAGGCGGUGAGUAAGUACGAGGCGGUGAUGGGGACGGAGCCCAACGUCCCGCAGUUCUCCCACAACGCCAAGGAGCGCAUCUGCCACGCCCUGGCACAGGCGCAGCAACCCGGCCGAGCCAUCCCCGUGUGCAGCGAGGUGCUGGAGGCGGAGCCGGAGAACGCGGGCGCGCUGAAGGACCGAGCCGAGGCCUACAUCCAGGACGAGCAGUACGAAGAAGCCAUCAGGGACUACGAGGAGGCCGGGGAAGCACAGAGGAACGACCGGCAGGUGAAGGAGGGGCUGGACCGCGCCCAGAAGCUGCUCAAGCAGUCCAAGAAGAGGGACUACUACAAGAUCCUGGGAGUCAAGAGGACGGCCCAGAAGAAGGAGAUCAUCAAGGCCUACAGGAAGAUGGCGCAGCAGUGGCACCCCGACAACUUCAUGGACGCCGCGGACAAGAAGAAGGCAGAGAAGAGGUUCAUCGACAUCGCCCAGGCUAAGGAGGUGCUCACAGACCCCGAGAUGAGAGCGAAGUUCGACCAGGGGGAGGAUCAUGACCCGGAGACCCAGCAGGGCGCCCACCAGAACCAGCACUUCCACCAGGGCUUCCAGGGCUUCAACCCCUUCAGCUCCGGGGGGCGGCGGGGGAGGCGGCGGGGGAGGCGGCGGUGGCCCCUUCAGCUUCAAGUUCGGCUUCAACUGAUGACGACCGGAAGCCAAUCAAAGCUCCAGAAACUGUCCCCUGGCGCCGGCCAGCGUCUCGCCCCUUCCUCCUCCUCCUCCUCCUCCUCCCCGCUCUACGGGGGACCCCCCCCUGGCCAGCAGAACGUGGCUCCUCCUCCUCCUCCUCCUCCUCCUCCUUCGCCCUCUGGCCCCCCCCGGCCCGCAGAACGCCAGUUAAAACCCGACUGCAUCGCUUUUAAUGAGCACCCAGGGAGUGGUGCGUGAUCCAGGGCCGCCCUGAAGAAGACGCGUCCGCGUUACGGAACAACGGAACCUUUGGAGUCCGCGCGGCGGCGGCGGCGGGGGAAGGAACAUCUGUUGCUAUGCUAACAAUUGAUCGGCCGUGUUUUAUGAAGCUUUCAUCUGCAGGGAAUUUCACAAAGAGUAAAAUAUUAAUUCUGAAGGAACGCCGUAUCCGGUCGGUGCAUUGCGGUCCUGAAAUUCCCCCUUCCAUUCUCGGAUACUUGUUCUGAAAUGUACAGAGCUACAUGUAUUAUGUGUACAUAGGAACUAUUUUUAAGAGGAAUGGAUUUUUUUUCUGAGAUGUAAAUAAAGAUCUAUUUAUGCAGAGA